AAAGGGGAAUUACUCUGGUGCAGAGGAAGCCCACUAUGUACCCUGCGUGGAAGGCCGACUUUGACGCGCACAUCUACGAGGGCCGCGUGCUGCACGUGGUGCUGAUGCGGACGGCCGAGGAGGCGCUGUCCGAGGCCACGGUCGGGGUCAACGUUCUGGCCGAGCGCUGCAAGAAGGGCAACGGCCGGUCCGAGUUCUGGGUGGACAUGCAGCCCUCGGGCAAAGUCCUCAUGGCCGUGCAGUUUUUCGUGGAGGACCUGGACAUAGAUUCCAAGAUGUCGGUGAAGGAGAACGAUGAGAGUGACGGGGCAAUGACUCUGAACCGGCGGCGUGGAGCCAUCAAGCAGGCCAAGGUCCACUUCAUCAAGAACCACGAGUUCUUGGCCACCUUCUUCAAGCAGCCCACUUUCUGCUCCGUGUGUCGGGAGUUUGUCUGGGGACUCAAUAAACAAGGAUACAAGUGCAGACAAUGCAACGCGGCCAUCCACAAGAAAUGCAUUGAUAAAAUUAUCGGCCGAUGCACGGGGACAGCAGCCAACAGUCGCGACACAAUGUUCCAGAAGGAGCGCUUCAAGAUCGACAUGCCGCACCGCUUCAAGGUGCACAACUACAUGAGCCCCACCUUCUGCGACCACUGUGGCAGCCUGCUCUGGGGAAUGGUCAGACAAGGCCAUAAAUGUGAAGAUUGUGGGAUGAACGUCCAUCGCAAGUGUCAGAACAAAGUAGCCAACCUCUGUGGCAUCAACCAGAAAUUGCUGGCUGAGGCACUCACUCAAGUUAGCCAGAAAUCAUCUACAAGGCGGCCAGAUUCGACUCCGGCAGAUAUAGGAAUCUAUGAAGACAUCAAAGGUCCUGGAGCAAACCCUAGUGGUGAGAAUACUGACUGUGCGGACUCGUCGCAGUUUGGGAAACAGUGGGAUGGUCUCGCUCCAGCCGCAACACCAGGCACAGCCCUCAUCCACCAGACCCGUAUCACCUUCAGCAACUUUGUGUUCCACAAGGUGCUGGGCAAAGGCAGCUUCGGCAAGGUGAUGCUGGCCGAACUGAAGGGUUUUGGGGAAUACUUUGCGGUGAAGGCGCUGAAGAAGGACGUUGUCUUGAUGGACGAUGAUGUUGAAUGCACGAUGGUGGAGAAGAGGGUUCUUGCACUGGCCUGGGAAAACCCCUUCCUCACACACCUCUACUCUACCUUUCAGACCAAGGAGCACUUAUUCUUUGUAAUGGAGUACCUGAAUGGUGGCGACCUGAUGUUUCACAUACAGGACAAAGGGCGAUUCGACCUAUACAGAGCUACGUUUUACGCGGCAGAGAUCAUCUGUGGGCUUCAGUUCCUCCACUCCAGAGGAAUCAUUUACAGAGAUCUGAAGUUGGAUAAUGUCAUGCUGGACAGAGACGGUCAUGUUAAAAUCGCAGACUUUGGAAUGUGUAAAGAGAACAUGCUUGGAGAAAACCGCGCCACUACAUUCUGUGGCACACCAGACUACAUUGCGCCUGAGAUCCUACUAGGCCAGAAGUACUCCUUCUCCGUGGACUGGUGGUCGUUCGGUGUGCUCCUGUACGAGAUGCUGAUUGGUCAGUCGCCCUUCCAGGGUGAUGACGAGGAUGAGCUCUUUGAAUCAAUCCGAAUGGAUGUGCCACACUAUCCUCGGUGGAUUACUAAAGAAGCUAAAGACCUACUGGAGAAGCUGUUUGAGCGUGAUCCAACCCGUCGGCUGGGCGUUGUGGGAAACAUUCGAACACAUUCCUUUUUCAAGACCAUCAACUGGCCGGCCCUUGAGAGAAGAGAAGUGAGCCCACCAUUCAAGCCUAAAGUGAAGUCCCCAAGCGACUGCAGCAACUUUGACAGGGAGUUCCUGAGCGAGAAGCCCAAUCUGUCACACUGCGACAAAAACCUCAUCGACUCCAUGGACCAGACGGCCUUCAAAGGCUUCUCCUUUAUCAACCCCAAGAUGGAGAACAUUCUGGACAAGUGAGCAGGACAUGGAUUCUGACUGCUCCCAUCCUAGUCAGUCACUGUGCAAUAGAAGGAGGGGAGAGGGAUGGGGAGGAAGGGAGGGGAGACAUACAUGAUUUUUUAGAGGGGAAGGGAUAUAGGAAGUGUGACAUUUUAAAUAUUCCAAUGGAUUGAACCAGCAAAUGGUACGUGUUUCUCUGUCCUCUUGUGAUCAAAACUGUAAUCAGUGGUCUGAAGCAUGGUGUUAUGGUCAGUAGUCAGUGCGAAAUGAGAGUGACGUGCUCACAUGAUGGUGCAUACACACACACAGUUCCUUCAUUGACUAGAAGCACUGACAUAUAAGACUGCAGCAAAGGGACUGUCUCAUAUUAAUCUUUUAACCCCAGAUUGGUGUUUAGUUUCUCAUCCUUGGAUGUCUGAGAAAUGUCAUACACUUUGGCCGCACCUCUGUAAAUUACCUUUGUAUACCUCCGAGAAAUGUUCUAGAGAACAAACAAAAAUGAAUUUGGAUGCUCUGAACUGUGUAAUUUUUUAAUGGAGUUAUUGAAGUCCACUCCAGUCUUUUGUGGUACCCCAUGCAAAAUGGGAUUGGGUUGCACUAAUGCUUUUACAUAAAUGUUCCAUCUCUGUUGCCAUAGCACAUAUCUAAUAGCCUACUACAUGUAGUCAGACACCACAUAACUGAAUGGUAAAAUGGUA